GUAGACGUCAUUUCCGGGCAUCCUUCAGUAAUCCAACAUGGCCGCGCUCAUAUGUAAACAUGCGUGGUGCUUUGGGAGCUCGUUAUGGUGAAAUUUAGUACAUUUAUCACUGUAUUCUGUUUUUACAAAUACGCGUCAUUAUUCUGUAAAUAAUACACUAUAAAUACGCUGUGUUUUUGGCGUAGACAUCUUUUCUAAAGACUUGCUUAUAUUUGCUGGUGCAGAGAGCCAUGCCAGCCCCAACCAUUUUUGUACGGCCUUUACCAACGACGGCGACAAAUGAACGGCUCGGCGAGAUAUUCUCUGAAAUCGGACCCAUAAAGCAGUGUUUCGUGGUAAAAGACAAAGGUACAGAUAAAUGCAGAGGAUUUGGCUACGUCACCUAUUCUCUGGAUGAAGAUGCUCAGCGAGCUUUGAAAGAAGUCAAAGAUUAUGAUGGACAGCGGCUUUUCCUCACUACAGCCAAAAAGAAGAUAAAGGACAAGAAGAAAGCAGCCCCUGAGAAAGAACCUGAGCAGAAAAAGGACAAAGGAUUCAAGAAGAUCAAAUUAAAAGCCAGGCUCAUCAUACGAAACUUGAGCUUCAAGUGUUCAGAAGAUGAUUUACGGGAAACCUUUGCCAAGUUUGGAACAGUUCUUGAAGCUUGCAUUCCUCUCAAACCAGAUGGGAAGAUGCGCGGAUUUGCAUUUGUUGGCUUUAAAAAUGUCUCGGAGGCAGCCAAAGCACUGACUGCUAUGAACAUGAAGGAAAUUAAAGGUCGACCAGUGGCUGUGGAUUGGACAGUGGCUAAAGACAAGUAUCUAUCCACUCGGCCUUCCUCAAGUACAGGCAAUAGCAAUGAACAGGAGACAAUUGCUAAAGAGACAGAGGCAGACGGUGGCUCUGAAGAGGAGGAGGAUGUAAAGAAACCACAAGUGAAGGACAGAAAAAAACCUAGUUCAGCACAAGCCAAAGUAGUGGAACAGAGUGAUGACAGCAGUGUAGAGGAAGAGGAGGAUGAAGAGGAGGAGAGUGAGGAAGAGGAUAGGGGUGAGGAAGAGAAAAGUGAAUCGGAGGACAGCACUGUGGAGGAGGGCGACGAGGAGGAAGAUGAGGAGGAAGAUGAUGACGACCUGGAUGAUGAGGAUGAUGAGGAUGAUGAGGAUGAAGCUGAAGAUGACGACCGGAAGAAUAAGAAAAAGAAAUUCAAGAAAGCUCUCCCCUCAGACAUAAAUGAGGGGAGAACUAUAUUCAUUAGGAAUCUGUCAUUUGACACAGAGGAAGAAGGACUGGAGGAGGUUCUGUUACAGUAUGGAGAGCUCAACUAUAUUAAAAUUGUUCUGCACCCAGACACAGAGCACUCCAAAGGCUGUGCUUUUGCUCAGUUUAAGACCAAAGAGGCAGCGGAGAAGUGCAUCGCUGCGGCACAAGAUGAAGCAGAGAAUGGAGGGAUUCGUGUAGAUGGCAGGAAGCUGCUGAUCGUAGCAGCAGUAACCCGAGAAGAGGCGUCCAAACUCAACGAGAACAAGAAGAAAGUGGAGACUGGGACCAGGAAUCUCUACCUGGCCAGAGAAGGAUUGAUCCGAGCUGGCACCAAAGCAGCGGAGGGUGUCCCAGAGGCAGACAUGGCCAAGAGAGCGCGGUUUGAAGAGAUAAAGAGGGCAAAGCUUAAGGACAUCCAGGUGUUUGUGUCUAAGACUCGUCUGUGUGUCCAUAACCUGCCCAAGUCUGUGGACACCAAGAAACUGAAGAGCAUCUGUCUGCAGGGUCUCAAGGGAACCAAGGGAGUGCGCAUCACUGAGUGCAGGGUCAUGUACGAUAAGAAGCCAGAGAAGGGUCAGAUCAUGGGACAGUCAUUGGGCUACGGCUUUGUGCAGUUCUCAGUCCACGAGCACGCCCUAAACACCCUGCGUUACCUCAACAACAACCCCGAUAUCUUUGGACCAAACAAGAGACCGAUCGUGGAGUUCUCGUUGGAAGACUCCAGGAAGCUUAAAAUAAAAGAAGCGAGGAAACAGAGCAAUAAGCCCCAGGUCCAGACUCGACCUGCACAGCUUGGAGGUAAACUGGUCGCACAGAAAAGAGAAACCAAGAGUCAUCCCCCAUCAAGCCACACUGGAAAAGAAAAGGCUCCAGUCCAGCAGAAGAUUCAGGAGCGGUACUUCUCAGGCUUCCAAACCAAACCUGAAGUGGAACAUGUGGAUCUGGAGAAUGGCAAGAAACGCAGGAAGGUUCUGCCCAUGCCCUCACACCGUGGGCCCAAGAUCAGAAUGAGAGAUAAAGGAAAGAAAGCGACUCCAGCUCCCAAGAAAGCCCGAGCCGGCCCCAGUAGGAAGGAGAUAAAGAGGCAGCACAUGGAAAAGCCUUCAAACACCAGGAACCAGGUUAAACCCAGUAAGCCUUUCAAGAGAAAGGGAGGGGACCGCUUCGACAGUCUGGUGGAGCAGUAUAAGAGGAAACUGAUGGGGAAUGCAGACACCAUGGUCAAGAGGAGCAAGUGGUUCGACAGCUAAACCAUUUUUAUGAUUAGAAAUCAAAUUUAAGACUGAACGUAUUCCAACCUGGCUGCAAUUUCAGUUCAUGUGAUUUUGUACUUCAUCAGUGAGUCAGUUUUUGCUAGAAAUUAGAGCAGAUAGCCAAAUAUUGAGAAUUGUUUUAGAUAUUUAUUUACUUCCUCUCAGUGGCUCAAAUGCGCUAAACAACUGAAUUCAAAUAGUGUUUGCCCCAAAACCUGUCAGACCACUCUACAGACUCCAGUCUACACCAUGUGAAAGAACUCAAUAGGUGUGAACGAGGGGCUAUGAGGUGUUCAGGCACGUCUAAUAAUUUGUCAUUAGCACUAAUACUAAGUUUACAGCUAUAAUUUCUAAAAAAUGGCUAUCAUGCAUAUAACCACACUUGCAUUGGCAGAAAUGGAUAAGCAACAUCUCAUUUAUGUUAAGCACGCUACACACUGUUACUCUCAAGAUAUUUACUCUUCAGCUCAACAGUUUUGUCUUUUUUCACUUUAACAUCGACGUCCAAAACAUGUCACAUGCCUAAUAUUUUCUCCUGUGCAUUUGAACGCCUCUCCUAGUAUGCACCUAAUGUAAAGUUGGUUGCGCUGUUACAUGCAGCAUAUAUCCAAGUAUGAAUCUGCUUCUCCAGAUGUGAAUUGAAUCAAAGAUCCUAAUAGCACAAAACCUCAAUCGUAGUUUCUUGGUUUAUAUGUAUUGGACUAGGCCAGUUAUUCGGUAUUCAUGGCUUGCUUCUAAUUGUAAUGUGUUUCUUAGUCUAAAAUUAAAUCAUUUGUUGAAAUUACAAUUUGAAUGUAGGCAAUUUGCGUUUAUUUUGAGUACUGGGGUCCUAUUGUGUAUAAAACCUGCUAACCCUGUAGUUUAGACUUAUACAAACUUGUUUUGAAAUGCAUGGGAUUCUUGUUUUAGCUGUUCAUAUUUCAGUCUUCUCAAAUGUUAAUUCGGUUGUAAACAUCGUGUUUGAAAUGUGCACUGUCAAUUUAAUUUUUAUUUCAAUUGCAAUAUUUCUCAAAUUUUCCAAAAAUGUCUAUUCCAAUCUUGAUCCUGUAAAUCUUUUUCUUUACCAAUUUGUUAUUUUGUUAUUAUAUGGAUAUGAACACAAAUCAGGAUGAAAUCUUGAUAAAGUUGAGCUCAAAUGUAAAGUUGUACAGUUUGAAUUGCUGUGCUCCAUCCCUCCUGUUGUGUUUUUUUUAUUUUUGUGGUAAAUAUUAAAUAUCAUAACUG